AUUUCAAUUUUUUUUUCUAAACUUCCAUGUUUUCCCCCUAACUUUGGGAACUAUUUCGUAAUUUAUCUUCAGACAUUGUCUGAUCUAAUGAACUUGUUUGAUUCAAGGUGCGAACACCACACUACAGCUGUAUACUACAAUUUUGCUUUGAUAUACAUGUGAAGACUUUUUCAUGGGCAUUUGCCCAGCCAUAUAUCAGAGUUUAGCAUUUAAAAUGUGAUUAUCUUGCCUCUUCUUCCUAUUCCUCUGAAGAUGUGUGUGUAAGCACAUGAAAGAGCUUCUGUUUUAUUCCCUAUUUUCACUGUGGUAUUUUGUAAUCGUCAGACUAAUUUUGAAGCUUGCUAUUAUAACAUAGGAUUUUUUUUACUGGUAUAGUUACGCUAUGUUUUGUUGACCAUUUUCUCAACAGUUACUCGUAGAUUCCUCUCUUUGUGAAAUGUUUUCUAUAUUUUAUCACAGAUCAAUAAUUUUUAUGCAAGUCUUCUUGUGGGGAUUACAGUGUUUUUUUUUUAUUAUUUUGUAGAGAACUGUGUGUUAGUUAGAGACUGUCAUGGGUUCUUGUUAAUAGACACUUUGUCUGCUCUGUGUGUGUGUGUGUAUUAGGGGAAGAAGGGGAUACUGGCAUUUAUCGUCUCUAACACCUCGUAUCUCAACCUGCCUCAAUCUGUCGUGUCUGCUGUCUGUCCCUUUCUCUGUGUCUGUCACUGUUAUAACAAAAAAUCACCAUCGUUACGAUAUUCCUCUCGCCCUCCCCAUGCUUUCCCUUCGCAUCCCAAAUAUAUAUUCAGUAGAGCAAGCCUCUCUUUGGGCAACGUUUCACUUGCCUUUAAGCUAAAUGUCCAAAAUAAAGGCUUGCUCUGCUGUGACUGUAUGGCAGCCAUAUCUUUUGACGUUGUUGAGGUGCACUUGUCCUGCAGGAGGGACGGCACUUGUGCUGGCGGUGAAGGCUGGUCACAAAGCCACCGUGAACCUUCUGCUACAGAGAGGCGCUGACGCUCAGAUCCUUGAUGACAACGGAGAAAGCGUAGCACAGCACGCUAGCCGCGGAGGCCACACAGCUAUUCUUGAGCAGUUAUGGAAGCACAACAGCCUCCUGACUUCCCUGAACAGUACGGCGCCAACACCUUGUUGCACCUGGCUGCUGAAUACGGCCAUCUCGAUACAGUGAAGUGGCUGGUUAGUCACGGUCACUCCCCCUCCUGUCUGGACAGAGAGAAGCGGACGCCGGCAGACAGAGGAAGGGCACAUC